CCCCAAGCGGCGGACAAUGACGAAGACGGCGGCGAGUUCUAUCACGAAGACAUCCAGCGCGAGGAGGACCGGAAGCGAUGGGAGCGCAACGCACAGCAAGAAAUCGUGAAUGAUGAAGCCGCGGAUCUUAAGAAGCAAAAGGAUCUGGAGGUGCUGGACAAAGUGAUCGCGCAGACGCGGCAGGGGAGGGACAAGGCCCGCGUGCUCAAGGAGCGACGAAAGCAGCGCGCGCAGGAGCGGCUGGACAAGAUCAAGGAGCGCGAGGAGCAGAUGAAGAAGGUGAAGGAGAUGGGCGAGAAGGGCGAGAAGGAGCUCAUCAUCCAGAUCGAGGAGGAGGCCGAGGAGGAGCGCCUCGCCCGGGAGCGGCUCGCGCGGGAACGGGAGGAGCGCGAGCGACGGGAGCAGGAGCGGAAGGAGCGCGUCGAGCGCGAGGCCAAGGAGCGCGAAGAGAUGCAGCGCAAGAAGCGGGAAGACGAGGAAAAGAAGCGGGCCGAGAAGCAGAAGAAGAAGGAGGAGUUCCUCGCCGCCAACCCCCUCUUCGCCCCGUCCUACGAGACGACGGCCACCACCACCACGACGCCGACGCCGGCUCCGCCCAGGCCUGUUGCUGCGAGGCCCGCGCCGGUGGCUCCGGCAGCGCAGGCGUACCCACCAGUACCGGCGGCGGCGGGCUACUAUCCCGCGUCGGGCUAUCACCCACAGCAGGCGGCAGCCUACCCGCCGCACAUGGCCUACCCGGGCUAUGCAGCGCCGCCGCACAUGAUGGCCGGAUAUCCGCCGGGCGCCGCGCAGCACCAGGCGGCGUACCCGGGCCAGCACCACUACAACCCCAUGGGGCCGACGGCCCCCAGCGCCACCACGGCGUCCUCGGCUUCUUCCUUCUCGGCCGCAGCGGCUGCCGACAACUUCCUGGCGCGACUGAUGAGCGAGCAGCAACAGCAGGGCGCCAGCCAGCAGCACGUCCAGCACUACGCCCAACAACAGGCCCAGUACAACUACCCAACAUAUCCCCCUGGGGGAUCGUAUGGCCCACCCGGCGCCUAUCCUCCUCAGCAGCCUCAACAGGGGAACUACCCUCCCGGUGCCUAUCCUCCGGACGCCGCGGCUGCCCAGCAAGCACAGCAGCAGCAGUAUUGGGAGGCCUACUACAGGCAACAGGCCCAACAGCAAUGA